AUGGCGGAGCAGCUGCGAAAGAGCCGCCAGGAGUUACAGAAGAACACUGUGGCUGGUACGCUGACAGGUGCGACGACCAUCUGCUUGACGCAGCCACUAGACACACUGCGGUGCCGCUGGCAGGUCGCCUCUGGGCAAACCCUUGUCUCGCUGGCGCGCGGCAUCGUCGCCGACGAAGGGCUCUGGGGGGGUCUCUGGAGGCCCGGCUUCGGGCCAAAUGUGCUUGGCAUGGCGAUCGCAGUGGGUGGCCGCAACGGUUUCUACCCCACUGCUCGCGACGCCAUCACCUGGCUAACGUCCGCAAGCCUGGUGUCGGGCAUGGCCAGCUACCUCCUGGCGUCGCCGCUGCUGCAGGCCAAGACGCAGCUGCAGGCCGAGGCGGGCCGUGUAGGCCCAGACGGCCUCUACGCGACGGGCGCGAAGACACUCGCGGCGGAGGGCGCUGCCAACGGCGGGGGGCCACUCGGUUCCCUGCGGGCCUUGUGGCGUGGCGCGGGCGUCAUCGUCGGGCGGGGUGCAGUGCUGUCCGCAUCGCAGCUCAUGGCGUACGACAGGACCAAGACUGGCCUCAAGGAGAGCGGCGCGAUGGACGACGGCAAGCUCCUUCACUUGGUUGCCUCGCAGGCGGCCGCAGCGUGCUGCACGACCUGCUCCAUGCCCUUGGACGUCGUGCUCACGGUGUACCAGAGCGCUCACAGUCUCGGCGGGGAGCGCAGGGAGCUGUACGGGUCCCGUGGCCCACUGCACUGCGCGGGGGUGAUGCUGCGGGAGUCUGGCCCGCUCGUCUUUAUGCGGGGUUGGGUCCCAGCGUUCAUGCGCCUUUCGCCCACCUGCACCUUCUCCUUCUUUCUCUACGAGCAGCUGCGGCGACUGGUCGGCAUCGGCUACCUCGAUUGA